CCUCAACUAUAAACAAGCGGAUCCCCGUCUCAGGUCAGUCAGUCCAUCUGGGUCAGUCAGUCCACCUGGGGUUCUCCCCUUACAGCAGUGUGAUGACGGUGACCUGACCCAUGGACCUCGGCAGUGUCAGCACAGUGAGAGAGUCCCGUCUGGAGAGAGAUCAUGAAUGACAAACUAGUCUUUUUGGGCCUGCUCUACUUUGUCCAGGGCAUCCCCUACGGUCUCCAGUCCUCCCUGCUCCCCGUCUACCUGCGUGGAGCCGGUCACUCCCUCACCCGCAUCGGCUUCACCAAGAUCCUCUACUUCCCCUGGGUCCUCAAGGUGCUCUGGGCCCCACUGGUGGACCGGCUCAGCAGCAAGCGGUACUGGCUGGUGGCCACAGUGUCUGGCCUGGCUCUGACAUGUCUCGCCAGUGCUGCCUUGGCCCCAGAAGCACAUAUCUGGGGAGUGGCAGGAACCCUGUUGGCCAUGAACACCCUGGCCUCAGUCCAGGACAUUGCUGUAGACGGAGCAGCGGUGGGGUUGUUGAAAGGUCGAGGGGAGCUGGGCCUGGGCAACACGGCUCAGGUCGUGGGCUACAAAGCUGGGUCGGUGUUCGCCGGCGGGGGGCUGCUGGCGGUGAUUGACGUGGCUGGAUGGAGCUGGAUGUUUAUGCUGCUGACGUUUGUGUAUGCAGGGGUGGCUCUGUUUGUGUGGGGGACCCCUGUGCUGGAUGAUGACACUUUGAAGGGCCAGCAGGCUGAUGGCAGCAGGAGGGGGGCGCAGGGAUUGGAUGCUAUGACGCCAUGGAGGGUGUGGAGGAAGAUGCUGGCAGUGCCUGGCACGCCGUGGACGGUCCUGUAUGUCCUGACAUACAAACUGGGUGAGCAGGGUGCAGUCACCAUGUUUCCUCUUUUCCUGUUGGAUCACCACAUGACCGCCAGGGAGCUCGGCUUCUGGAACGGUGUCAUCGCCAUGGGCUUCUCCAUCGGCGGGUCGUCCCUGGGAGGCCUGCUGCUCUCUCAGUUCAGCAUCGGGGCCCUGAUGCGACGUGUGUUUGUGUUGCGAACCAUCAGCAUGGUCUUCCAGAGCUCUCUACUCACCAUACUGGAACCAUCACCACUCAUGAAAGGCAUGGCCAUCCUCAGCAUGAGCGGUCAACACUUCCUGGGCGGUCUCAUCACCACGCUCACCUUUACAACUAUGAUGCAUUGCACUCAGAGAGCUGAGGAAAGCAUUCAGUCGACUCACUACAGUUUCCUGGCGACUCUGGAGGUGCUGGGGAAGCUGACGUUCAGCGCUCUGGCUGGAGGCGUGGUGGAUUGGUUCGGGUUCCAAGUUGCCUUCCUCUUCUUCCUCACCCUCUCUGCCGGGACGGCCCUGCAUGUGUGGACGGCUACUUUCACUGGUGCUCUCAGGGAACACCAGCUCAAAGAAACGCCCAAAUGACAUCAGGGUGAAAGGUCGUGAUACGGGGGCGUCUGCAGGUGCUGAAUGUAGACACCUCACAGGUCCCAUCAAACAAACCCCUCAUGACUUCAGUAAAUCGUCUAAGUACAGAAGAACUUGAACAAGUUCGAUUUCGUGUUUUCCAUGUUUAAGGAGAAAUCAGCCAUUUGCUCAUUUACUCUUAUUACAGAGCAAACAUUUUAUUUAUUUCACUGGAAAAACUGGCCUUAUAUUUUAUGUUGCACUUACAACAUUUGGAAAAGUCUUAAUAUUUAUAGAAGCACGAUGAAACCUGCAGAUAAGGAUGUAGGUGAGGGUUGGAAUGUUGUUAUCAUUUUUUUGGACGGGAUACAUGCAGUCGGUAGAUGAACUGCUGGGGUUUCAUGUGCGGGGCAGUGAUGUACAGUCACACUGUACAAGGGCGUUAAGAUAUAUAAGCAAAGCUGGUUUGUCAUAAUCUGAGCCAUGUUACAUGUUUUGAUAAGUCAGUAUAAGAGAUGUAGCCAAAAGCAAUAUCAAGACUGUGAUGCUUCUUCUACCAUUUUGUGCUUUGUAUGAAUAUGUGCGCCAUUCCCAUGAGUUCUAUGGUUUACAGUUUUAAAUGAAUGCUUCUCUACUUCCUUGUAUCAGCAUCGUAUGGUACGUGGCACAGGAGGCAGAUAUUUUACACAGUAACUGCACCAAGUAGAGUGUUCUCUCAUACACAAAAAGUAGUCUCAACACAUAUGUCCACUACUUCAGAGCUGGUAUUAACAUCAGAGUGUUGGGAUCACAAGUGGUCAGCGCUAAGUUCUGGUCUGAACGCACCUACGUGCAUCCUGAAUGUGUCCUGAGAUCUGAUCCCUCACACUACAGCUAAAAGAGUUCUGGGAUUCACCGACAUACACACACAAACAUUGUCAACUGACACAUCCUUAGAUUCAAAUGGGUAAAAACAUAAUUCGUGGUUUGGGAACACAAAUGACAUACUUGUUUAAUCGCAUGUGAUCACAAAUGUUCACAGGAGACACCCUCAGGACACAUUGUAAAACCAGGUGUGAUAGGGGAACUUAACUUUGUUGACUUAUGAUCAGAACUCUCAGGAUGGAUGUUAACACCAGAUCUGAACUGGGCCUUUGUUACUUUAGCUGGUCGCCAAUGUAAAUCUUCAGUUACUGUCUCUUUGACUAAAGAAAAUUUCAGCUGUUGUAUGAGGAACAUUUAUUCUGUUUAAUCAGUCACUGAAUUUCCAGAGUAAAUUCCUGCUUUAUUUUACAGGUCUCACCUUUUCUAGCUUAAUUAACUUAGACUUUCCUGAAAAAUUAGCUGUUAUUUAGCUGUAAUUGUUGUUUCGAGAAAGGCUAAUGCAAUAAAUGGUACUGAUUAUACGGCAGUCAACCUACUUCCCUUAGGAAACCUCAGCCUUACACACAGCGUGGUGCCAUCAUGUCUCCGUUUUUUAACUCAUUGACAACAGUGCUCUCAAUAAAAUUUGAAAGGCCAGAACAACUGGUAAGUUGAGUAUUUGUGUGUUAUGUACAUUUAAAUAAGUAUUAUAAAAUAUACUGUAACUCUCAUGGUACUGUAUACUAUGGAAAGUAAUUCCCUAAAUUACUCUCAAAAUAUGAAUAAAACAGCAGCACAGAAUGUUUUUUUCACCACAUUAUGGGAGAAUCCAAUUAAAUAAUUUAUGCAGGUGAAUGUAUUUGUAGAAAAUAAGACAUUAGCUCUAAUUUAAUUGUUAAUUGUGCUGAAAGGAGAAAGACAGGUGAGAUGAGGAUGGGUUGGUUUGAAUAAAAGCAAUGAUCUGAGCAAGUUUAUGGGGGUUAGACAACUGAUCACCUGCUGUCGACCACAUAAUAAACAAAGUGAUGUCAUGUCCCGUCAUUACUUGUUCAUCCACAUGUUGCAAAGCACAUCUCUUGUCUCUCAGCUACUGUGUUGCCUGAGAUUGGCAAAAGAAAAUAAAGCUUCUGAGUGAA